AUGAGCAGAGCACCCCCAUUAGCUAAACCUCUUCCCAGAGAACAACUCAUCCUCUACCUUUCGGUUUCUGCAACGGUACUCAGUUCCGUACUCAUCCGCAAGCCGAAAGGCAUAGAACUCCCAAUCUUGUAUACCAGCCAUGCCCUACAAGAUGCCGAGAUUCGGUACCCUCAACUGGAAAAACUCGCCUAUGCUCUCGUCCUCUCAGCACGUAAGCUUCGGCCCUACUUUCAGGCUCACACCGUUGCCGUUCUCACCAAUCUGCCUCUACGCCAAAUACUGCAGAGGCCGGAGACGUCAGGUAGGCUAGUGAAAUGGGCCAUCGAGCUCAGCGAAUUCGACAAACACUAUCACCCUCGGCCUGCCGAGAUGGGUCAAGUCGUAGCUGAUUUCAUCUCCGAAAUGACAACUACAUCACAAGAAGCAGAUCCGGACGAUCUUGUCUCCGAACCAGCUUCGGUAGCCCCGGUCGCCCACCCGAGCGAAGGAGUAUUUAACCCAACAAUUCCCCUCUGGACUCUCUAUGUGGACUGUUCGUCCAACCGACAAGGAAGCGGGGCCGGCUUAGUAUUAAAAGCCCCUGACCAAACGGCAAUCGAGUAUGCCAUCUGUUUCCAAUUUCAGGCCUCCAACAACGAAGCCGAGUAUGAAGCCCUCUUGGCAGGCCUUCGGCUCGCUAAAGAUAUGGGAGCCAAACAACUCAAAAUCUGCAUCGACUCUCAACUUAUCGUUAAUCAAGUGCUUAUCAAAUUCAAAGCUAAGGACACUUCGAUGGCUGCCUACUUGACACACGCCCGCCGAUUGCUCCACCACUUCAGCGCGUAUCAAGUUCAGCGGAUCCCCAGAUCCGAGAACAGCCACGCCGAUGCCCUGUCAUGCCUUGCAUUGGCAAUCGACGACAAAGUAGGUUGCCACGUGCCGAUCGAAGUCCUUGCUCGGCGUAGCACCACUGAAACCGAGGUACAUGCCAUUUGGCAGGAUCCAAGUUGGAUGGAUCCAAUCCACGCAUACCUCGCUAGCGGCACGUUACCGGAUGACAAGGCCGAGGCCAAAACUCUCCACCGCCGAUCGGCACGAUACGUCCUUGUGAAUCAGAUCCUCUAUCGACGUGGUCAUUCCUUACCGUUGCUUCGAUGCUUGACCCCACAACAAGGAGAUUACGUCUUACAAGAGAUUCACGAGGGAGCAUGCUGGAACCAUUCUGGCACCCGGUCCUUGGCCUUCAAAACCGUUCAGCAGGGGUAUUAUUGGCCAACUCUCCAUAUCGAUGCCACUAAGCUCGUCCAGAACUAUGACCACUGCCAGCAUUUUGGCUCCGUUCCAAAACUGCUCGCCGAACCACUCACUCCAAUUGUCAGCCCGUGGCCCUUCGCUCGGUGGGGUUUGGAUCUCAUCGGCCCUAUGCCACAAGGAAAGGGACAGCUUAAAUUCGCCAUCAUCGCCGUCGACUACUUUACGAAGUGGACCGAAGCCGAAGCAUCGGCAACCACCACUGCAACCAAGGUCUAG